ACUGUGUUUUGAUUGUCAUGAAACAUGAAGAUUCAUGCGAUUAAACAAACAUCUCAUAGAUGACAGUCAAAUAAUAUUAGAGUUAGAAAACGGAGUGCAGUGCAUGUGGACUGUGAAACGGAUAUGCACUUGGUGAUAUUGUCAAAACUACUCGUUGCUUGCUAGCUUCCACGACAUCAACAGCAAUUUCGUCUUCAAGCUAACGUCAAGCUCAAUGCACUCGGCACUUGUCUUCGGCAGGCUUUCGUAUUCCAACACACGACGGUAAACUCACCACGCGAGUUGAAGAGGCGACGACGCAUCAGCGCACACGCAGCGACCGAUGAUCGACGCGCACGGCACAGACAGGUAAAGGUAAAGCACGAAAGAGCAAAACACUUACUUGAAGCGUCUGAAGGCGAGCACAAGCAAAGCGCUUAACGUGCCUCAAACUUUUUUGUCUCGUCGUUUGAAUUCGAAGUCCUGCUGCAGUUGGCUCGUGUGCGCUUUUAUUUGUGUACCAUAUUAGUGUCGAUCUUGUUGUUUUCUCGUCACUUACGUUAUGUUUGUCGUUCACGAAAUCUUUUAAAUCAUUUAUAAUGCUGCUGGCAGUUUAAUAAUUUUAUAUAAUAGAAAUUUGUAAAAAAGAGCAGAUUAAAAAAAAAAUAUAAAGCGCGAACAAAUUAACUCAAUCGAAACAAAUUAAAUCCAAUCCAACUAACCAAACCACAUCAAAUCAAACCAAACGAAAUGGCCUGCUUAAGUACUUCCUAUCGAGUCGCGUGCGGUACGCGUCGCCAACAAGUGCAUAAAUUCAUUGGGCGAUUGCUUAUGGAUAACAACAGCAUGGAGCGACAGCUAAGCAGCCUGAGAACAGUUGCUCACCUUACAUCUCCGUUACAAGGAUAUCGCGUUACAACGGUGCAAAGCAGCAUAAAUAAACAUACUCAGUUGACACAAUGGACGAAUGGCUUGCAUCGAUUAAGCUUCAAUGCUGGUCAGGAAUACGUGAACUCAAUGCACAACUCACACACUUGUAGUCACAAUCGUAAUCACAGUUCCGUCCACACACAACAGCCCGCUGGACCCGUUAGAGAAAUACAAAUCGAUCCAUAUAUAAUUCUCGACGAUGAGCUCAAAUAUUUCUACGACGAUGUUAGAGACUUGCUGCAGUCGGGAACCUCUCAACCAGAAUUGGACACAAUCGCUUGCUAUUACUUUGAUGGUCAGGGCAAAGCGCUGCGACCGAUGGUGACCAUGUUGAUGGCGAAGGCGUUAAACUAUCAUUUGAACAACGAAUCGCACCAAUUAGUACACAAACAACGACAGAUAGCUCUCUUCUCUGAAAUGGUCCACUCGGCCAGUUUAGUCCACGACGAUGUGAUCGAUCAGUCUGACUUUCGUCGUGGCAAGCCUAGUGUCAAUGCUCUUUGGAAUCACAAAAAGGUCACGAUGGCUGGUGAUUACAUUUUGUCGAUUGCAUCGAUUAUGAUAUCGCGUCUGCGUAGUGAUGAUGUGACGAUUGUGUUAAGUCAGAUCUUAACCGAUUUGGUUCAAGGUGAAUUUAUGCAGCUCGGCUCAAGGGAAACCGAAAAUGAACGCUUUGCACAUUAUUUGACAAAGACAUACAGGAAGACCGCUUCGCUGAUUGCUAAUGCACUGAAGGCUACUGCUGUCAUCGCCCAGGCUGAAGAUAAUGUCGCCGAGGUGGCGUUCCAGUAUGGACGUAAUAUUGGUCUGGCCUUUCAAUUGGUAGACGAUAUGCUUGACUUUGUCUCGUCCACUGAACAGAUGGGCAAACCAACAGCCGCCGACUUAAAAUUGGGCCUGGCCACGGCGCCCGUCCUCUUUGCAUGUGAAAAGUAUCCGGAGCUGAAUCCAAUGGUUAUGCGUCGCUUCAGUGAGCCGGGUGAUGUUGAACGUGCUUUUGAGCUGGUGCACAAGUCUCAUGGACUCGAACAAACUCGUUUUCUGGCAAAAAAACACUGCAACGAGGCGAUACGGCUCGCACAGGAGUUAACGGAGUCUCCCUAUCAAAAGGGUCUGCAGGUUGUAGCCGAUUUAGUAAUCAAUCGCAUUAAAUAGUGAAUGACGAGCAAAUUACAUAUAUUAAUGUGUAAACUCUAUUAUUAAGUUUAAGUCAGGCAAAAUACUUGAUGCUAGUUAAGUCAACAAAUGGAUAAAUACGAAGUAUAAAUUUGUAAAAAAUAAAACUAGCAAAUGGUAAACAGAAAUUUAUUAUUUAGUUUUUAAGCAUUGUUGUCGACACUGUAAAUAAUUGCAUAAAAUGUACAUGUACAUUGAAGGGAAAUUCAAUUCAAUAUUGUACAUUACAUUUAACUGUAAUAUUUGAUAAUACGCAAUGUUUUUUAUAUUUGUAAACACAUGUAAAUUAAUUAUCUUAAUAAGAAAAUGUUGAAAUCCCUGAAAAUGGAAUUCAUCUGUCAGGUGAAAUACCCACAAGUAAAGUUUAACUUACGUGAAAACGAUUAAUAUUACAAAUUUUAAGUUCAAAAUGGAUAUACAUAAGUACAUGUUCACAUGGUAGUGGAAGCGGUAAAAGUUGUUGAUUACACAUUUUUUCGAAAUAACUUAAGACACUAAAGAAGAAAACAACAUUACGUGAUUAUUAGUCAAUGCAACAAACGAUAUUUCUACAAAGAAAAGAGAAGAGCUCUAUGAAUUAAGACGAAAAAAAAUAAGUAAAUUGGACUAUUUAUGUAUAUUUUUAUUGGUUCAUUCAAUUGAAGCCAAAAUGAUUGUGUUUGGACAAUUUAAUCAACCUUUGAUUAACAUAAACUUUAAACUAAAUAAGGCAAACUACAAAUUAAAAACGUUAUUAAUGAUGUAUGAUGUCAUAUUCUUGAGAAAACAGAAGCUGAACAAUGUAACAAAACAGAACUUAUCGUAUUUUUGCCCGAUAUUUGAAAUUAGAUAUUAAAUCCAGAAAUAAAAAAAAGUUAGAAUACAUAUUAAAUACUUUUUGAAUAUGUAUGAUAUUUGUUAGUAAGGAAAUUAACGACGCUCUUACCGUCCGUCGUAAAUUUGUCUUCAAUUCGGGUGCUUGGGAGAUUGGUCCGUGGAUUAAUUAUGCUUAUACGGAAUAUGUUUUUGAUAAUGCUAAUUAUAUUAAAUGAUUACUGUGUACUAUAAUUUAAAGAUGAAUAAAGCGCAAUUUUGUUAACUAAAGCGAAGUUCAAAAUUGAACGUGUGUACGGUAAACAUGAAUUUAUAAAAUUAUUGAAUUUAAUAUACGUGUAUGGAUAUUACACAUAAAUACACAUAUACUAUUUUUGAUAUAAGAAUACAAAAAUGAGUGAGCUAUUGAUAAAUUAAAACUACAUCAGAUUUCAAAUCAAAUUGUUACCAAACUCUAAAAUAUCUGCAUUCAUCAUUCUUAAUCAGGGUCAACAGCCGAGACAAAGCAUGGGUUUGUUGCAUUGUUCGGUUUUGAAAGCCAUCAAAAUUUGAAAAAGUCGU